AUGCACGAAGAGUGGAUUAUUCGAGUUUUCUCCUCAUCUGGAAGAUCAAGGGUGACUAUUCCUUCAACAUGUAACCUUUCAGUCUUAAAGUCAAAGAUAGCUCAGUCGCUUAAAGUUCCUGAAGAACAGCAACUUCUGAGCUUAGACUCCUAUGGGAAUAAACUGCUAAAGGGCGACUCUCUUAGUAUGCACCAACAUGGGCUCUCUAAUGGUUCAAUAGUUUAUUUAAUUACUGAUGCAACUCCUCAGAUUUCUGCACAAAAUAUCCAAAGGCCAAAGCAUAUGACUACAAGUGAUCUUCCUCCACUAGAAAAGAAACCUUUAGAUUCAAAUAACUCAUCCUCUUCUUCUUCUCUAGAUUCUAAGAAUACAAAUAAUGCUUUGGAGAAAAGUGAACGACCACAUUUUAAAUCAUUCGAUUCGUUUUUAAGUGAACGAAGUUUUGUAACUGAUGAUUUACCUCUAAAGCAAUCUUACAAAUCUUUUUUUAUCUCAAAAGGAGUAAUGAACAAGAUACCUCCUUCAGUUACUUUAAAGCACCAACCUUAUCGUCAUGUUGACCACCUUGAAAUGAUGAAUUUGUCUGAAGCAAUGCAGUUUGUCGAUUACUGGAGGUCAACAUUAGGGAUGUUAAAACAAAGAAUUGGUUGGAUGUACGGAUACUACAGAGAAGACAGCACAUACCCUAUGGGCAUUCGAGCUGUAAUGGAAGCAAUUUACGAGCCUCCACAAGAUGAUAAUACCGAACCUGGAAAGCUUAUUCUGGAAAAUGAUCACUUUAAGUCCUCGGUAGACAAGAUUGCCCAAUCUCUUGGACUUGAGUGUCUGGGAUUGGUUUUUACACACAAUGAGAGAGACGAAGUUCUAACUUCAAAUGAAAUUGUUACUCUUGGGAAACUUCAAUUAGAAGCAUUAAAAACAAAACAUUACACUGGCUAUCCUGUCAGCAGUUUUAUUUCCUGUACAAUUGCUCCUUGUAAGUCUGUUAAAGGAGGAGACCCCAUACCAAAUGCAUUUGCAGUAUCUGACCUUGGACUAGCUUUUUUAAGAGACAAACUAAUUGAUGAGAAAGGAUUAGAGGAUAAUACGAAUAUUGUGAUUAGAGAAGAGGAAAAGGGAGAGAUUCUACCUCAAAUCCUAGAAAAGGGUGUCUCAACUCGAAAAUUUGAUGCUCACUGGCUAAUAGUACGAAUAAAUGAGUCCGCACCUAUCCAACCGAAACCUUUUUUUUCCUCAUCGCAAUUCCCCAAAGAAAAUCGAGUUAUUGCUCAAAAGCCCAGUGACGUCUCAGAAUUUAUCAAAUCCAGGCUCACUUCAGUACCUAUGACCUCGUAUAAUCUCCUUAACGACUUUCAUCUAUUGUUGUACCUAGCAAAAUUAUUUGACGAAGCUACAGCAAUUAGUAUAUGCGAGUCAAUUUUAAACAAGACCCCGGUUGACCAGCACUUAUUAGAUAUUUUGAUGUCUUUGAACUAA